AUGGCAACUAAUAUACCUUCAUGGGCCCAAAAUGCGGCUGUAUAUGGAUCAAAUGAUUCAUUCUUAUUACUUGAUAUCUUUCCAAAUGAUGUAGUUGAUGAUCUAUUUUAUAAAUUAAAAGAUGAAGUUAAAUGGAGUACCAUGCGACAAAAAGGAAAACGUGUGCCACGUGAUAUAUCUAUUCAAGGAACCAUAACUAUUGAAGAUGGCGAUGAAUAUGAACCACUUUAUCGUCAUCCAGCCGAUGAACAACCGGAACUUGUUUCAUGGACACCAACAGCAUUAAAAAUUAAGGAACGAAUCGAAGAAGUAAUUCAACAAAAACUUAAUCAUGCUUUAAUACAAUAUUAUAAAAAUGGAAAAGAUAAUAUUGGUGAACAUUCAGAUAAAACAUUAGAUAUUUUACUUGGAUCUUAUAUUGUUAAUUAUAGUUUGGGUGCUGCUCGUACAAUGACUUUAAUAAAUAAAAGACAAUACGGAAUUCGACAAGAGUUUAAACUACCACAUAAUUCUUUGUUUGUAUUGGGUUGGCAGACAAAUCGUGAAUGGUAUCAUGCCAUUCGACCAGAUAAAAGAUUAAUUACUCAAAAAGAUCCAGAUGAAGUUGCAUUUUAUGGUGAACGUAUAUCAUUAACAUUACGAACUAUAGCAACAUUCUUAAAUCGUCAAACAGGUCAAAUGUAUGGACAAGGCGCACGAUAUAAAACAAUCAAUGAACAUCCACAAGAUUUUCAAUAUGAAAAUGAUGACAUGGAUAUGGUAUAUGCAUUUUCAAAUGAAAAUAAACAAUCGUCAGAAUUUGAUUGGAAUACAAAUUAUGGUCAUGGAUUUAAUGCACUUAACUUUAAAGUUCUCAAUUCAAAACAACAAUAA